AUGUAUCUGGAAGCCAGUCUAGGCGGAGACAGCAACAAUUUGCCAGGGAAGAAGUGGAGAGGUGACAUGCAGAAAAAGCCCGAUGUCCUGGCCCUUUCCGCACAGGAUAAUGGCGAUAUUGAUCCUCAUGUCAAAAUUGAAACUGAAUUUAAUGAUUAUUAUUUUCACAUUGAAGCAUUAUUCACAAAUUUAUUUCCGCAAACGAAAUCGGAGCUGGAUACUAAACAAUUACAAAACACUACUGCUCAAUGUUCGGUAAAACUUCCUAAAAUUGAGGUACCCCAUUUUGAUGGUGAAUUUAAACAUUGGCAAACAUUUAUCGAUAUGUUUGAUUCUCUUAUACACUGUAACUCAUCUCUUAGUGAUAUAUCGAAAUACAACUAUCUAUUGUGUGGCAUCGGGAAAAAUAUUUCCAAAGGUUCUCACGGUGUUAGAUGCAACAUUAAACCUAUUGGAAAGUCUGAUCCGAUCUACUCCUUGGAGUUUAUCAUAUUAAAUGAAAUUAGUGAUAAUUUACCGAUUAAUUCUCUUCCCGUUGAACAGUUCUCAAAGUUUUCUCAAUUGCCCUUAGCGGAUCCCAACUUUCACCUCUCUAAACCCGUAGAUAUACUUUUGGGUGCAGAUAUUUAUGGAAGAGUUAAAACAUCUAGUGUUUCGCUCUCUGUAAACUCAUACUUUCUUACCUCUUAUGCUUCCUUGGAUCAAUCACUUCAAAGAUUCUGGGAGUUAGAGGACGUUCCACAAUCCUCCACGCUUUCUUCAGGUGAAAAGCUUGCCGAAGAACACUUUUGUAAAACAUUUUCACGCACUCUUUAUGGACGUUAUAAAGUAUCUUUACCAUUUAAAACUUUGGAACCGAUCUUUGAAGGUUCUAGAGAUGUCGCCCUUCGUAGAUUUUUCUCGCUCGAAAAACGAUUGCUUCGAAACCCCCAACUUUAUUCUCAAUAUUCUAAUUACAUGUGUGAAUAUUUAGAUUCUCAAUAUAUGAUUGCCGUGCAAAAUUCUUCUCCCAACGCUUAUUCUUAUUAUCUGCCUCAUCAUUGCGUAAUCCGACCAGAUAGUCUCACGACCAAACUUAGAGUUGUCUUUGAUGCUUCCGCUCGAGAUUACACAAAUAAAUCUUUGAAUGACACUCUCUUUACUGGGCCAAAAUUACAGUCAGAUAUUUUAUCUAUUUUACUUCGAUUUAGAUCGCAUUUGAUUGUAUUUGCUAGCGAUAUUAAACAAAUGUUUUGUCAAAUUCUUGUUAAUGAAAAUCAUACUGAAUACCUCAAAAUUUUAUGGCGAUUUAACGCUAAUGAGCCCAUUCAAGAAUACAAACUUACUCGCGUUACUUUUGGUUUAAGCUGUAGCCCAUUUUUAGCCAUUCGAGUUAUAAAACAAAUUGCUUUAGAAAAUUUAGUAAAAUAUCCCGAAGCAUCAAAGAUUUUAGAUAUGGAUACGUAUGUCGAUGAUAUUAUAUCUGGUUGCGAUUCUCUUUCUCUUGCUAUAAAAAUUCAACGCGAUCUCAUUUCUAUACUCAAACACAGCGGUUUUGAACUUAGAAAAUGGACUUCGAAUAGCUCAGAUUUUCUUUCUCAGUUAUCUCCAAAUGAAUGCAAAAUGGAUUCUUCUCUCUCUUUAAAUAUACAUUCUCUUUCUUUCUCUAAAGUUCUAGGACUAAACUGGAAUCCCUCUACAGAUGAAUUUUUCUUUGAUUCACCAGCGGUAUCCUUGACAAACAAAAUCUGUAACAAACGCAAUAUUCUUUCACAACUCGCAAGCAUAUUCGAUCCCUGUGGCAUGUUAGUUCCUCUCACUCUUCACCUAAAACUGAUUAUACAAGAUUUGUGGAAGUUAGGUAUAAAUUGGGAUGAUCCUGCUCCCAAUAACAUUGCUACAUCUUGGCAUCAACUCGUUCAAGAAUUACCUUGUAUUUUCUCUCUCAAAGUUCCUCGAUAUUUUCUCACUCUCAAAUAUUUAUCCCUGGAAGUACAUGGUUUUUGUGAUGCUAGUGAAGAAGGCUAUUGUGCAGUAAUUUAUUUCAGGAUAAUUCUUCCAGAUAACUCUGUAAAAACAAAUUUUGUCUGCGCUAAAGGCAAAGUAGCUCCACUCAAAAAAAUCUCAAUUCCAAGACUGGAACUCUGUGCAGCCUUACUUCUGACCAGGUUAAUUGAUUUCGUUAGAACUUCACUUUCUAAUAAACUUAUUAAUGUUGGUUCGAUUGCAUGGUCCGACUCGAUGGUUGUUUUGCAUUGGCUUAAAAGUGAACCAUAUAAGUGGAACACCUUUGUAAGCAAUCGAGUUUCCCAAAUUCAAGAGAAAUUACCUCCUUCUUGUUGGCGUCAUGUAGUCUCCAAAGACAACCCCGCUGAUCCAGGUUCUCGUGGUCUUCAACCUAGCGAGUUACUCGACAAUGCCUUAUGGUGGGCGGGACCUCCAUGGCUAAGCCAACCGGAAUCUUAUUGGCCGCAAUCCAUUUUUACUUUCCCUGAAACUGAAGAAGAACAACGAAAAGUUAUAUUGACAUGUACUUCACAGCCCUCAUUGGUUGAUACUCUCUUUGAAAAGUUCUAUUCUUUCUCUAAAAUUAUAAAUAUUGUCACGUUUUGCAGACGCUUUCUCUAUAAUACUCGACAUUCUAAAUCUCAUAAAACCUCUCCUCUCUCGAAAUUUGAAAUAAAUGAAACUCUAGAAUGUAUUAUUAAAUGUGUUCAAUCACAAUAUUAUGCUAGGGAAAUUCUCUUAAUAAAUAAUCGCAAAUCUCUACCUAAAUACUUACGAAAAUUGACCCCCUUUCUCGACACCAAUGGAAUUCUUAGAGUUGGUGGUCGCUUGCGCAAUGCUUCUCUAAAUUUCUCUCAAAAACAUCCCGCACUCUUACCCAAUAAUCAUAAAUUUACUACUCUACUCAUAGAAUAUACUCAUAAACUCUAUUUGCAUCCCGGUCCACAAACUCUUCACUAUAUUCUCGCUCAACAAUAUUGGAUUGUUUCUGCUAGAAAAACAAUUCGUAGUGUUCUCUUUAAAUGUCCUCAAUGUUUUCGCGCUAAUCCAGUAAUGCCUCAGCCUCCUAUUAUGGGAGAUAUUCCUGCUAUAAGACUUUCUCAAGUAAAACCUUUCUCUGAAGUUGGAUGCGACUAUGGCGGUACAUUCUCUUUAUUAAGAUAUCGUGCACGAGGUGCUAAGUCCUGUAAAGCCUAUAUUUGCUUAUUUGUGUGCAUGGCCACGAAAGCUUUGCACUUAGAACUGGUUUCCGAACUUUCCUCCGAGACUUUUCUGGGUGCACUGCGUCGAUUCAUUUCUCGUAGAGGUCGCUGCAAUCAUAUUUAUUCCGAUUGUGGAACGAACUUUGUCGGAGCUUCUAGAGAACUGAUUAAUAUGCUAAAAUCCGCCGCUGAGCAAGAACAAAUUUCCUGGCACUUCAAUCCUCCAAGCGCGCCUCAUUUUGGUGGCCUGUGGGAAGCAGGAAUAAAGUCUGUAAAAACUCACAUUAAAAGGGUUAUUGGUGAUCAAUUGCUCACGUAUGAGGAAUUUUAUACGCUACUGGUUCAAAUAGAAGCAGUGCUUAAUUCUCGUCCAUUGUGUCCACAAAGCUCUGGUCCUAAUGAUUUGUCAGUUCUUACUCCAGGACAUUUUUUGUCCCAAGAGCCGUUAAAGGCCCCUCCGGAAGAUGAUCUUUCCGGGAUAAAAUUAAAUCAUCUCUCUCGCUGGCAGUUGAUAUCACGCUUGCACCAAAGCUUUUGGAGCCGAUGGUCUAAAGAAUACCUUCAAACACUUUUACAAAGAGCUAAAUGGAAUGACUCUACUAUUCCAAUAGAAAUAAACUCGGUUGUUUUAAUAAAGGAUGAUAAUCUAAUUCCGCUCAAAUGGAGCAUUGGAAGAGUCUUAGAGAUUCACCCGGGCCAUGAUCGUGUUACACGCGUGGUUACUUUAAAAACAGCAAAAGCUCCAGAAUCCUUCUGCGGCCCUGCAAAAGUAUCCACAAGAAUGGCCAUAAAACAGUGGAUUUCCAGCAUAUCUCUAGGUGGAUCUACUAACAGGAAAUUUUUUAGCCAGCUUAACGGACAUCUAAGGCAAAUGAAAUUGACGGGCAAAGCCAUGUACAGAUUUUCUCAAUCUGAACAAAAAACGACAGAACGUAUUCUAUGGCAGCAAAAUCGAGUUUUCUAA